UUCUUCCUCCUCCUCCUGCACCACUCUCAGCCUCCGCUCCUCACUGCUCUGCUCAAGUGACGCUGCUGCGAGACGCUGCAAACAUGGCUGCUACCGGAUCUUUCCGCAUGGUGUCAGAAGAGGAGCAGGCCAUGCGGUCCAAACUGGAGCAUCUGACAGUGAAGGACCACGGGCCCGUGUUUGGACCAUGCCACAAAAUGCCAGGCCACACUGCUCAAAAGGCCAAAGACGAGCUGAGCGAGACCGAGGACAGGAGGGCGUCGUCAAUCAAAGACCUGCGGGCCAUGAUGAAGGACAGGGCCGCCGAGGGGAACGACCUGGCCAAACUGGUCCUGGAGCGUCUCGGGGACAAGCCGGACUCUCUGAUGCUGCGUUUCCUCAGGGCCCGCAAGUUUGACGUCGUCAGAACCCACGAGCUCAUGAAGGGCUACGUACGCUUCAGGAAGGAGUACCCGGAGCUUUUUGAGAACUUAACCCCUGAGGCGGUCCGCAGCACCAUCGAGGCGGGCUACCCCGUGGUCCUGCCAAGCAGGGACAAGUACGGCCGUGUGGUUCUGCUCUUCAAUAUCGAGAACUGGGACCUUGAGGAAAUCACCUUUGAUGAGAUCCUGAGAGCCUACUGCGUGAUCCUGGAGAAGCUGCUUGAGAAUGAGGAGACUCAGAUCAACGGCUUUGUCCUGAUCGAGAACUUCAAGGGCUUCACCAUGCAGCACGCCUCAGGGAUUAAACCGGCCGAGCUCAAGAAGAUGGUGGACAUGCUUCAGGAUUCCUUCCCGGCCCGUUUCAAGGCGGUCCACGUGACUCACCAGCCUUGGUACUUCACCACCACCUACAACGUGGUCAAGCCUUUCAUGAAGAGCAAGCUGCUUGAACGGGUGUUUGUUCACGGGGAGGAGCUGGACAACUACUGGAAAGAGUUUGACGCCGACAUCCUGCCCGCGAAUUUCGAUGGGAACGCUUCCGAGGCUGAUUGCCGAGCCAUCGCCACCCUGCUCUUUGGCUCUGAGGACACGGCUCUCUGAACCGGGACCUGGUUUGAAGCUACAGCGCCACCUUUUUAAAAAAGAAGUGUCUAGAUUUAGGAUGGUUCACAUAUAUGGAUACUUAGAUAAUACAGAACGACUUGUUUGUGUACAGUUGAAGAGUUUAGGCAGAAGGAGUUGGUUUUGCCGUAGAAAUUACAUUUAAAGCUUGUGCCUGCAGUUCUGACCCAUGAUUGACGAUGUUUGAAUUGGAAUGGUUCCAUUUUAGGAUUUUUAUGACGAGUAACAUGAGGAGAGUUGUGACGUGAUUAUGAAUAAACUUGCAAUGUA